CCCACACCAACGAUCGCGGUCCUCCACCGCACUCUCUGUAUCUUUCCUUGAGCUCUGGCUAUGGCUUCCAACAACGCCUCUUCGCCCUCACAACAACGACCGCCCCAGCAUGCGGUGCCGGCAGGCCUAGGCGGCGCUGCCACGGACAACAUCGUGACCGCGCUCGGCCAGGCGUUCAAGACGCACACGGGCGAGCCGCUCUCGGGCGACCGCAUAGCGCAGCUCUUGCUCGCGAAUAUGCCACAGCUGGGCGAGCUCGCGAAGCAGGGGAAGCUGAACCAGGCGCAGAUUAUGCAGUUGAAGGCAUACGCAGACGAGCACCGCUCGAAAGCCCCACAACAAGUCCUCAAUGGCGCAGCCCCCUCACAACCGUCGGUCAGCGCGCCGACACCAGGGCCCGCUAACAAGCCGGGCCUCAAGUCGUUCUCUGUAGACCCCAUGUUGACUCCGCCCCCGACCCAAGACAGCAGUUCACCUGCGCCGAGUCCGUCAAUAAAUACGACUAACCCCGGGCCGGUGCAAUGGCCGCAGGCUCAGCAGGGGCGACCGACGUUGACGGGAGGUAUUGCUGGUGGAAGGGUUGCAGGCACCCCUGCUCAGAUCGCGCGCACGGGGGACGAUACGACCGUCUUGAAUAUGGAUGAUACGCGCUCGAGGAAACGGAGCACACCAGCCGACCAAAGUAUGCGGAGGUCGAUUCAGGAUCUGGUGUCGAGUAUAGAUCCCAAUGUCAAGAUCGAGCCUGAGGUUGAAGAUCUGCUGCUCGAUAUCGCGGACGAAUUCAUCGACUCGGUGACGAACUUUGGCUGCCGACUAGCCAAGCAUCGCGGUGGUGACACGCUGGAGGUCCGAGACCUGCAACUCCAUCUAGAACGGAACCACAAUAUUAGGAUACCUGGGUUCUCAUCGGAUGAGACGCGGAUAGCGCUCUCGCAGACAAACCUGCCUGUUCCCACACCUGCGGUUCCUUCAGGUGCUGCAGCCGGCAAAAAGGGGGCUACCCAAGGCAACGCACAUAUGACGCUCCGGAGUCAUAGGCUGGCUCAGGUUGGGCAGGCGAAGCGAGAGGCGAAGCUCAUUUAGUUUUCGGUCGUACUGAUGUCUUUCUAUCGUCUGUAUUCGCUUUCCUGUAAUUUUAUCGUUGUAGACAUAGUACACCUGUAAU